AUCCCCUGGAAAAAAAAUCAAUAUUCUUACUAUACAAACUUCAAAUAGAUACAAAGUCAAUUAACUUCCACCCUCCCUUCCUACCUCUGCGCCCACCAACAUUAACACGAAACCAAAAUCGAUUUUCAAACAGAGAAUUUUCCUUUCAAAAACUCACUAUUACAUGGGUUUCAUGAGAAGCUUUUCCGGAGUGAUAAGACCACUCAGGUGGCAGUUCAAUGCCAAUCCGUCAAGCGGCAGUCCCCCCGCCUGUCAUGAGAAGAUCUAUUUAAGCAAUAUGAAUGAGCUUAACAAUUUAAAUACUGAAUUUUGAAGCCCUUUUGUAUGUAUUCUUUUUUGUUUUCGUUCAGCUACAGCGGAGAAUCCUUCAUUUUGCAUGGCAUGCAAAAAUAUCCACUGGACCUUAUGUGGAAGCAAUAAACGAGAGGCUCUAUACGAAAUGCUGCUGGCACGGAAAAAAUACAUUUGUUGCACACACACACACCUAAGCACACACCAAACAGGACUCGUAAAGAACUGUGUGUGUGUGUGUGUGCACCUUUGGCACACAUUAUAUGUACAUACAUCCUGGCUAUGGAUGGGUUGAAAGCAACACAUCCGCUGCAUAGUCAAACAUUGGCCCAGAGGCGACUGCAGUUAUGCAAUGGAAAUGCCCACGUAUUGCCAAUCGGCCAAAGGGCCGAGCAACAAAUUGAUGUGCAUAAAUAUUUGAAUAACGCAGCGAAUCGAAAGUGAAGGAACAGCAAAAGCCGUACAAGAAACCAAAAGAAAGUUACAGUGGAUAGGAAGGAGGGAGAUUACACUACAAAACAGAAAAAAACAAAAAAAAAAUACAUAAAAAAGAGGAAUAGUCAAACGACAGCAGACAGCAGACAGAGAGGACGGAGGCAUAACAAAAUGAAAAUUAAAAUAUUUCCGCUGACAGCGGAAGCAGCACUGCUGCGACAGCAACAACAGCAGCAGCGGCAGCAGCGCUGUCGGAAAAUGAAAUUGCAGCGGAAGCAUAAAAUGCCGGAAAUAUCCGCAAGGCUAAUUGUUGCCGCCAUCGCCUCGGCCAUUUGCCUCUCACUUAUCCUCACCGUGUGCAUGCCGGUGCCUGUCCAGGCCCAGGAGCAUGAUAUCAUGCACGACCAUGACCACCAUCACGACCAUGGGGAUGACGAUGAUGAUAUGGAUAUGCAUCAUCAUCUGGAUAUGUUGCAUCAUCAGCAGCAUCAGGAUUUUAUAAUAGGCGAGUCCGAGGAGCGGGAUCACAUAGCACAUCAUUUGGCGGAAAUGCAAAAUAAGGAUGAGCUACUUGAAGACAUACGCGAGGAUACGGUCGUCAAUGCGAUACCAGAGAAAGAUCUUCCCAAGUUUGGUGAACUGCUGCAGAAUGUCACAGUGCCCGUGAGUCGGGAGGCGAUACUCCAAUGCGUUGUCGAUAAUUUGCAGACCUAUAAGAUUGCGUGGCUACGUGUCGAUACACAGACCAUUUUAACGAUACAAAAUCACGUCAUAACCAAAAAUCAUCGAAUGAGCAUAACUCAUGCCGAGAAACGUGCCUGGAUAUUGCGUAUACGUGAUGUUAAGGAAUCCGACAAAGGAUGGUACAUGUGCCAAAUAAACACGGAUCCAAUGAAGAGUCAAGUCGGUUAUCUGGAUGUUGUGGUGCCACCCGAUAUACUGGACUAUCCGACCAGCACCGAUAUGGUCAUACGUGAGGGCUCCAAUGUGACCCUUAAAUGUGCGGCCACAGGAUCGCCGACACCGACGAUAACCUGGCGACGUGAGGGUGGAGAACUGAUACCGCUACCCAAUGGAGCAGAGGCUAUUGCAUACAAUGGCUCUUUUCUGACCAUUGCCAAAGUGAAUCGUUUGAAUAUGGGCGCCUAUCUCUGCAUUGCCUCCAAUGGCAUACCGCCAACAGUCAGCAAGCGUGUGAUGCUCAUUGUGCACUUUCCUCCAAUGAUUUGGAUACAAAAUCAAUUAGUUGGCGCCGCACUCACACAGAACAUUACAUUGGAAUGCCAAUCGGAGGCAUAUCCCAAGUCGAUCAACUAUUGGAUGAAGAACGAUACGAUUAUAGUGCCAGGUGAACGCUUUGUGCCGGAAACCUUUGAAUCGGGCUACAAAAUCACAAUGCGGCUAAACAUCUACGAGGUGGACAUUCAGGACUUUGGGGCAUAUCGAUGUGUGGCCAAAAACUCCCUGGGCGACACAGAUGGUGCGAUCAAACUGUAUCACAUUCCACAAACCACCACAAUGACGACAAUGGCGCCAACUGCUUCGAUCAACACGGUGCCUGUGGUGCUCACCAAAUACAAUAAAGAACAACGUUAUAGCAGCAAUAGCAAUCAGAAUACCAACAAUAAUCCGUACAACUAUAAUCCCGGCAAUAGUCAGCAGAACACAAAGCAGCAACGGAAUAAGCAGCCCAAGGGCGGCGUGGAUCAGUCAUCGUCGGCGCUGAACAAUGUCUAUUUGGGCGCCACAUCGAGUUUGUGGAAUUCGCAGGAUCAUCAGACAUCCUCCUCCUCCUCCUCAUCCUCCUCGACAUCCACAAGGCAGGGUGGCGGCAGGGAUCAUCAGCAGCAGCAACACCAACAGCAGCAGCAACAGCAAUACCAUGCACCCGAUCAUGGUGGCAACUACAGGGCGGAGGGCAAGAGUCCGCAUCUUAUCAAACACGAUGCCAAGUCCCUAACAGAUGAUCUGGAUCGAAUGGAGGACCUCAAGAGUGAGGCCACUCAGCCCCUGCUGUUCUCUCUGGAAGUUCUAGCCCUCCCCCUAGUCCUCUGCCUGGCGCGUCUAUCAACGUGGCAUGGAUAAUUCAUCUACCGAAGUACAGUUCGAGUAUUUCUGAAUAUUUGUACAAAAAACAAAACAACAUGAAAUGAAAUCAGCAAAAAGGCGAAACCAAAGUUAGUUUAACUAAGAGAAAACUAUAACGUAAGCAAUCGAUUCAGUCCCAUAUUUUAUAUGUGUACUAAGUUAUGCCUGAAUGUGGGAGUGUCGCUUACUGUAAAAAGUUGUUUGUAUAGCAUUUGAGGUGGAGUGGAGAGAUGCAAGAGCUCGGAUCGGAGACGGAAAGAUAAUGGAUGGGAUAACGGAAAUACAAAGUAUUAGAAUGUAAAACAUAAGAUGUAGAAUUAAGCCAUUCAAAAGCUACAUAAAAAACUGUUCUUAAGCUUGACUCCAAACCAAAAACAAAACAAAAAUAAUAUAAAAAAUUAGUGUUAAGUUACUGGGAUGCCAUCAUUCCUAUUUUUAACUCCGUUCUAGCUUAGUUCCCGAGCACUGCAAGCUGUAUGAUAAAUAAUAUAUACAUAAUAAUACUAUAUGUAUUGUAAUAUCAUCUUAAUUUAACAGAAUCGAAAUAAACAGAA